ACCAGCAGGGAAAGGGGAGUGGGUGGGAUCUGGGAUGAGGAAGGAAAAAAGCAGAUAAAAGUUUUGGAGUCGGGGAGAAGAGACUAAAGAUAGAGCAGACCGGGUCUAAUGGCAAAGGUAGGAGGGGAUUCAUGGAAAAAGAGGAGGAAGCUCAGUGUCUCAGGAGUCUUCCUCUUCCUCUUCUGCUUCUUCUUCCUCCUGUGAGGUGGCUGGACAUCAUCCAUCACCAUGUUCUCUGACAGCAGAGCUCCAGCGCCUGGGGAGCAGAAAGGCUUCAAGCCCCACACCCCUCACUUCAUCCCCUGGCUGCGCAGUAGUCUGAAGCCCCACCACAGCAGUGACCUGGGACUCAACGGACCGUACAAAUCCAGCUCCGAGGCCCACAAUAAUCUGGAGAAAGCCAAAGGGAUAGGCUUCUUCUCCAUCAAGGACCGGGCAAAGAAAGGGGAAGUUCGGUGUAAUGGGAUGGCGAGGAUGCUGCCAGUGGUGCUGCGGGGGCACCACAUCCUGCCAGGGAGUCUGGGGAAACAGAGGGAGGACAGUCCUGCCAGGUGGAACCAGUCUCCAGAGGUGGAUCCCAAUACGCAGAACAGUGCAGGGGACCGGCCGCAGGAUCAGAGCGCCACAUCGGCCCAGGACAACCACACCUUUGUUAGCAGCCACCUUCAGAGUGACGGGACCUCGGUCAGGAAGUACGGGCCGCUUGUGAGACCCCCUCCUGUUCCGACGCUGCUCAAUGAGGAGCCAAACUGUAAGGUGCCUAUUGUGGUAGAGCACAGGAAGGGGAAGGUGUGGGACUACGCCAGCAGCACCACCUACCGCAAAAGGGACCUCCAUUCAUCCAGCUGGGUGAGCUCAGACACUCAGGGACUAAUAGAAAGACAGCAUGCCUUCACCUCCAGCGUCAGCUACAUCAAACAGCAGAGCAGGAGCCAGAGAGACCUGAGGGAGCCACCUGUGGAUUUCAACGGGCCCCUCAAUGGAGUCAUCUUCUCCACCGAGGUUCCUCAGAGAGGCCUGGGCUGCACCACAACACUACGAGGACCCAGGAAAAGUAGACCGAGCUUGGAGCGAAUCGCAUCUCUGGGCCAGAACCAGACGUGGGUCCAAUAUGAAGGGAAGUCACAGAGGAGGGAUUCAGGCUGCAGCAGGAAGGUGGUUCGAAACCAGAUUAAACGGGUCGUGAACAACCUGGAGCAGGUUCUUACAGCGCUGAGGGAUGUUCACCAGGAAAUGAAGGAGGUGGUACAGCAGAUCGACUAUCUAACCUCAACCAUUGAUCUGAAUGCGGAGGAGCAGCAGAGAACUGAAAGAGGCAACAGCAGCUCCAGUUCAGGUUCGAGUUCCAGCGACGUGACGGUGGGCAGCACCCAUCGGAGGCCCUCAGAGCCUGCAGACCAACGAGGGGCCACGGACUCAUCUGGCAGCCUCAGGAGAGAUCACCACGGCAGGAGUCAGUCUCCACCAAAUGUGCUGCUGUGCCCGGUGACAUCUGGGAGUCGAACUCUUCGGUUCACCAGCAGUCUGGGGUCUUCUCCCCGACAAAGUGGGCUGUUGCAGUGCAAUAAUCUCCCUUUACCCAGUCCCUCUCAAAAUCUAACCUCCCAUGACGUUACUCUAUCUCCCCAAAGAAGCCUACCUGUGCGACCUCCCACUCCAGGUGUCUCCCCUCUAACAGUAAACCUCCAUCACCCCAGCAGCCCUGGUUCUCAACCUCACUCCCCUGGGCCCUCCUCCUCCAUCAGCCCUGUCUCCCCUCUGUCUCCAAAGCCUCCCCCAACUCUUAGCCCUUCUGUCAUCAUAGAGACCAAAGUUGCAUCUUAUCAGACCCCACAGAGUGACCACCCAUCUGCUGGUCUGCCCUCUCCAUCAUCGACCCAGCCUCCGUCUGCCGGCUGCCCACCCACCAAAUCCGAAACUCAAACUGCGUCCAACACCGACAAAGAGAGGCGAGCAUCCUCAGCAGGACCUUCACAGGUGUGCUCUGCCCCUGCAGCCACAGCUAAACCACCAACAGCACAAGGCCGCAGAGGUCGCAAGCCUCCUCCGUACCCGCACCACAGAACCUCCGAGCACACAAAGAAAGUGAAGGAGCCCCGCAAAGCUCCUCCGUACCCCGAGAAAAGAAGGCUGCUCUCGACCACUGUGUGAGACAAUGCAGCAGGAGGGGGAGGCCGAUCAAAACAGAGCCACAUUCACAGCACCAGCCGCGAGAGUGGAGAGCCAUUUAAGGCUCGCCAAGUUGAGCUGAGACCAAGUUUCCAAGGUGACGGGACGCA